UCUUUCUAUAUAGUCAAUACAAUUAACUUUCUCAUUAGUCAUUACCACCUAUCCCUUGUUUCUCACCUCUCUCCAAAAUGGAAAAGAUCCAGCACAGUCAUGUAGAAGUAAGAGGACUAAAGCUUCAUGUCGCCCAGAUUGGAAGUGGUGAUAAGGUAGUGGUGUUCCUGCAUGGAUUUCCUGAAAUAUGGUAUACAUGGAGGCACCAAUUGAUUGCUGUUGCAAAUGCUGGCUACCGAGCAAUAGCCAUUGAUUUCAGGGGCUAUGGACUGUCUGACCAGCCACCGGAGCCAGAGAAAGCAAAUUUCAAUGACCUUGUUGAUGAUGUUGUCGGCCUUCUUGACUCUCUGGGCAUCAAUAAGGCUUUUCUUAUUGGCAAGGACUUCGGAGCUUUACCAGCAUACAUGGUAGCAGCGGUCCAUCCAGAAAGGGUGUCAGGCGUUAUAACACUUGGUAUUCCUUUCAUGUUACCUAGUCCUUCUGCUGUCCAAAAUCAUCAACUUCCUCAAGGCUUCUACAUAACUAGGUGGCAGGAGCCAGGGCGAGCAGAAGCUGACUUUGGCCGGUUUGAUGCCAAAGCAGUGGUAAGGAACAUCUACACUCUCUUCUCAGGAAGUGAGGUCCCAAUUGCAGCCGAGGAUCAGGAAAUCAUGGACUUGUUUGACCCUUCUGCUCCUCUUCCACCAUGGUUCUCCGAGGAAGAUCUCUCAGUCUAUGCUUCCUUAUAUGAGAAGUCUGGAUUCCAAUUUGCAUUGCAGGUUCCAUACAGGACUUUAAAUGUGGAUUGUGGAAUAACUGAGCCGAUAGUCAAAGCUCCAACGCUGCUGAUUAUGGGGGAGAAGGAUUAUGUACGGAAAUUCCCAGGGAUCGAGGACUACAUAAGGAGUGGAGCCAUGAAGCAUGUUGUACCAGAUUUAGAUAUCAUAUUCAUGCCUGAAGGGAGCCAUUUUGUCCAAGAGCAACUUCCAGAUCAGGUGAAUGAGUUCAUCAUCACCUUCCUCGGAAAACAUAGUGCCUGGGGAGGAUGCUAUAUAAGUACCCCAGGUGUAAGAAUAAAAUCUAUGCUAGAAAAUAUUGUAUCCAUGGGCAGCGAGGACUAAAUCUUUCUUGUGCAACUUUGUCGUCUACAUGUGCUUAGCUUAACAGAUAUUCCAAAUGGUUUUAAAUACAUAUGGAGCUGGAUUUCUUGCAUU